AGGAUUUUUGAGGUUAGGUACUACUGUGUAGUCUGUGUUAGAGACAGAGUAUCGUUCUAGAGAAUUGUCACAAACAAGAUAACCUAAACACAUGCUUCAAAAUACUAGAAAUUCGAUUUUUAUUGGUGAUCUCAAACCCUAAAAGUGUUGCAUUACCAAUAUGGAUAAUAAAGAAGAGCAAGUAAAUGAAAUUGAAGCUCUAGACUCAAUUUACUGUGGAGAGAUGGAAAUUUUGACAUAUGAACCGUACCAUGUGUUCCUAAUUCCCGUGAAAUCUGAUGACUUCGAUGAGGAUGCAGAAGCAGGAAUUAUGUGUAGUUUAAAAUUUGAAUACACUCCUAAAUACCCUGACGAGCCUCCAAUAAUUGAAAUAGAAAGCACACAACGAUUGGAUGAAGAAGAUGAACAAAUUCUCAGAGAACACCUUAAAGAACAGUGCAAUGAAAAUAUUGGAAUGGUAAUGAUCUUCACACUAGUAUCUGCAGCGCAAGAAUGGCUCAAUUCACAGUCAGAUAUGAGAAGGAAAAUGGCUGAAAUGGCAGAAGAAAAAAGAAUAAAGGAUGAAGAGGAAGCUGAAAGGAAACGAUUUGAGGGCACGAGAGUGACAGUUGAAACAUUUUUGGCUUGGAAAAAAGCAUUUGAGAUAGAAUUGGGAUUGAACAACAAGAAGGUUUUAGAAGAAAAAAACAAGAAGUUAACAGGCAAAGAAUUGUUUCUGAGAGAUAAAUCGCUAAAUGAAUCUGACCUCAAGUUCCUAGAAGUUGAAGGAGGUGAGGUUGUCAAGGUUGACGAGUCUCUAUUUCAAGAUUUGGAUGAGCUAGACAUAGAAGAUGAGGAUUUUCAAGACGAUGAUGGAUGAUUGGAAAUUAUUUGCGCAAUGUCUUUUGUAUAUUGCCUUUUGUUUCAUUGCAAGCAAUAAUGUGAUGAAUGAUAUUGUUAUGUUAUUUUGUGAAUAUACACCAGUUAUUUAUACAAAAAUGUCAUUACCUAUUUCCUAUUUAGUUUGGAUCACACGAUAGUAACAAUAUUAUAUUCUCCUGUCCGAACAUUGAGAAAACAUUUAUUUAAACUAUUUCCUAACUAAUCUAAAAAUGUUUCACCUGAUUAAUGACUUUCUAAUAUUCAAACCAUAUUUUUGAAAAAUAAAUAUAAUCUGCUGUGCCUA